GUCAUUGUCAAUGUCAAAUAAAAUAAACUCUAAGAGCGGUCGGCGGCGCAUUAUUGAUUUUAUUAUUAGUUUCUCAUAAUCCUAACAACUGAAAUAAAAGAAAUGUAAGGUGCUAAAUCAAAUAAUAUAGCCCAAGUCAUGUCAGCAAAUGGUAACGGCGGUAACUAUGCACCUCUUAAACAAAUACUAUCGGACUCUGAAUCCGAGGACGACAACAAACUAGAAAAUGAUCUGCACAUCAAGGUUUCCGACAGUUGUAACAAUUUGGACUACAACAGCGGGCUGCAGUCUUCGAAGAACUACAGCAUGAGUGAUAUGGAUGACUAUAACACCAACGAGAAAACAGUAGAAAGCACGAUGGACAACGUUAGUUUUCUUCAGUCCGAUGUCUCGAACAAGAUGUCGUUUCCGCGCCGUUGUGCUUUCAUAGCAUCGAUAUUCGUGUGUGUUUUUACUGUUAUCAUAUUUCUUUGGGGCGUACCUUGCUCGGAUGUCGGCGGGUGUGCCAACAACGACUGGCAAGACAAAACGACGAACUGGGAAAUGCCUUACAAUGAAAUCGAGUUGUCAGGAGCAGUCCAGAUAGUCGACGGCGCUAUACCGAACACAAAGAACCUCAUAUUCAUAUACCGCGGCAAUCACAUGAAAGAAGAGAAAAAUAGCAAUGACAAUGUGAAUGGAGUGCUUUUAAUUGUUGGUAACACAGGAAAAGUUGGCUGGUACACAAGAGAGACUAGAAUUCCAACUGAAAUCAACUGUCACCUCAUUGAUGUCAAUAGAGACAAGCAAAAAGAUUGCAUUGUAUCAGGUUCAGAAGGUUUGUUAGCCGCGUUGAACCCUCUAUCUGGCACAUACUAUUGGUACAUUCACAAACAAGGAAAGAUUUUUAGUAACAUUGCUGCUAUAGACUUUCCAAUAGUAAUGAAGGAUAUGGACAAAGAUAAGGUCAAUGACCUCCUCACAGUGGCAACUGUGUACCCAAAUAAUAAUCACAACUCAUUGCUUAUUAUAUCCGGAGCUACAGGCAAUAUAAUUGGUGAUCCAAUGACAUUAGAUUGUAGCUCUGUGAAACUUUUGACAACAGAAUCAGAUGAGAUUCCAUACAUUUGUAAGAAUGGAACUUCAGAGGCAGUGAGGCAGAUAUCGUACAACGAUUUGUACAGGAAGCUGCUGAAAUUGGACCCAUCUGUGAAUCACUCUGCUCCCAUAUCUACAGUAUCGAAGAGGGUAAACUUAAGUUUGAGAAAGAAUAUUGGUAACACAAGGGAAAUAUUUACAAAUGGCCCUGGGAAACUAAUUGUGGAGAAUUUUGGAGAGUGCCCAAACUCUUGCAGAGUUAAUUUGAAAUUAUUACUUGAAAGGAAUGGCACUACUAAUGUCAGUUGGGAGUAUUCUGCUGACUAUGUAUAUGCGAUGAGUCCGAGCUCGUUUGCUUUUGCAAACUCUAUAAGAGGCUUUGUCUUGAAAUUAUGACAGUGGAACAGUGCACACCUGGCGAAGGGUGCACUGAAAAUUGACGAAGUGAGAUACAAUAUACAAAACCAGAGCCCUAAGAACAUGUACGACAUCUUCUACUAUCAACCGACAAUUAAUGUUGCUUCAAUAUCAUCAUUUAUCAAGUAUCCGAACUUCACCGCUCACGACAUAUCAGAAAGGAUAGUUCUGGUUUCAUUUGAUAACAUACAAACUUAUGUCCAUGUUAAUGUAAGUCAGACGGACAUUGUUCAGAUAUGUGCGAGAGGUACAGACGAGUCGGCACCUUUGCCUACAUGCCAACCAGACUUGAGCUACCAAGAACGGUCGUUGAUGAUUGCAGACUUGGACGGAGACCAGUCGCAUGAACUAAUAUCCUACUACAGCACAUUUCUUCCACCGGAACCUGUGAAGCAGUCAAAUCCUUACGACAACUGGCAUUUGACGUCUAUUGUGAGAGUUAUUAGACUUGAAUCAGAAUUGCCAAAGUUAUUUGUCGCUGAUAAUUAAAUUGUAAUGAUUUGAAAUUAUCUAAAUGUUUUUAGUUUUUAAGCUAUAUUUGUAUUAUGCCAAAAUGUAUGCUUGCUGUAUGUAGCUUAUCAGUAUAGCGAAACCCAGCAGAGCUGUGAACAUGACUGCUUGAUUGACUAGAAAACUAGAAAAAUGGAUAGGAAUAACAGAUUUUGACCACAUGACCUGUCCAUAGCAAAUGCCAUUCCCAUACAUUUUUCUAGUUUUCGAAGCGUUAGCGAUUGUGAAAGAGAAUCGACAUGCCUCUUGGCUAGGGGGCAGACUAUCUUCAUUGAGCUACUUAUAAUAUUAUCAUAAUCAUAACUAUGAAUAAAACAGCUAUGCUGGGCAUAUUACUAGCUACAUUUAACAUAUCUAGUCAUCCAAUUUGUCUAUUCAAGCAUUAAGAUGCACAAAAAGUGUAUAUAAGCUAUUUUGUACCCACAUCCAUCCUAUAUCAUCCAUAUUAAUUGUGUGUAACAUUAAGUAUUCAUAUUCUAUUUACUAUAUAAUCAAUGUACUGUUUUUUUAAUCUUAUAACUUGUCUGUUAAAUAUUGCUACUAGUAAUAGUUUCAUCUAUGUUCAAAUGUUGAUAUCAUAAAUUAAAAUCUAAUAUAUUUACUAUGAAUUAGUUGAAUCUCUGUACGUCUUUGUUGUUAAACAGGAAAUUUCACUAAAAAAAUUAUCAAUAAAGAUUUUUAUGCUCGAUAACUUGGAAUCUGCUUCUAACUUUGUUGAUAUUAUAGAGUUUGACAAGUAUGGAUCUCUGUUAAAGAUUAUUAUUAUUAUUAUCAAAAAUAUUUAUAAAUUGUAUUGAAAUUGAUAUAUAGAAAUUUUUAAACAAAUCAAUUCUGCAAUUCAAUGAGAUUAUUAAUAUAUUUAUUUAUUUUUUAAAAUUUAAAGCAUCGUAAAUUUUAAAAUUAACUUUUUUAUCUAUUAGCAAAUAUAUUGCUGAGGCUUUUAUAAAUUCAAUAAGGUUAGAUGUGCCUUAUGGGGGCUGAGUGUUUGUUUUUUUGUAGAUAUUUUAAAUUGAAUGUAUUCAACUACCAUUGUAUCCAUUUAUAUAACAAAUAAAAUAUAAAUAAUGGGAGAAA